UUUCUUUUUAUUUUUCUUUUCCGUUUUGUUUGAGAAUGAACACAAGCCACAACUCUGUUCGCACACUAAUCGCCUCAGAUUCCUUCACAAACUGACAACUUUUCCCUUCCAUUUAUUAACUCCCCACAAACAGUUGCUUACUUCAGAGUCGGCUGCUUUUUUCCUAUGGCGCUUCUCAAUUCUCGACCGACCCAUUCCAAAUUCCACCGCUUAACAUCCCUCCGCCGCGAAAUCCACCGUCCACGCCUGCCGAUCAUUCGUUUAACUCCGAUCCCUGGUGACCCAUUACCCUUAAAUUAUGUGGGUUGUUGCGAUUUCAAAGCCCUAAGGCUGAAUUCACCAAUUCAGAUUCAAAACAGAGCAAUUCCACCGCCGGCAGAGGCAUUUGAGUCACAGUCGCCAACGCCGCCAACGCCGCUGGCUGCGGCGGAUGGAAGGAGGAUUUUGUUGUCGGACGUGGUGGUGAGGCGGCAGAGGGAAGUGUUUUGGGGUCGGAAAUGGACAUCAUUAGACAUCGGAACCGCAGGAGUUGUUGUGGCGACGCAUUUACUCACUCUGUUGGCUCCAUUUCAUUUCAAUUGGGCUGCUUUUUGGGUUGCGAUUUCUCUGUACAUUGCCACUGGUCUUUUCGGCAUAACCCUUUCAUUUCAUCGAAAUCUCUCUCACCGGAGCUUCAAACUUCCCAAAUGGCUCGAAUAUCUCUUCGCCUAUUGUGGAGUUCAAGCCCUUCAGGGAAAUCCAAUUGAUUGGGUUAGUACCCAUAGAUAUCACCAUCAAUUUUGUGAUUCAGAAAGAGACCCACAUAGUCCAAUUGAAGGGUUUUGGUUUAGCCAUAUGAGUUGGCUGUUUGAUACCAAUUCUAUAGUUCAGAGGUGUGGAGAGCCAAACAAUGUCGGGGAUUUGCAGAAGCAGCCAUUUUACAGGUUCAUUCAGAAUACAUAUCUUCUUCAUCCCAUUGCUCUUGCUGCUUUGCUCUAUGCAAUUGGAGGGUUCCCAUUCAUUGUUUGGGGAAUGGGUGUGAGAAUAGUUUGGGUAUACCACAUCACCUGGCUGGUGAAUUCAGCUUGCCAUGUUUGGGGAAAACAAGCUUGGAAAACAGGGGAUUUGUCUAGAAACAAUUGGUGGGUGGCAUUGCUUGCAUUUGGGGAGGGAUGGCACAACAACCACCAUGCGUUUGAGUUCUCGGCCCGACAUGGCCUAGAGUGGUGGCAGCUCGACAUGACAUGGUACGUGGUUCGGCUUCUUCAAGCUCUUGGUUUGGCUACAGAUGUGAAGAUACCAACACAAGUUCAGAAAGAAAAAUUAGCUAUUAUCAAUACCACAUGAUUUUAUACUAACUUUUUUGUAAGCCAUAUCUCAAAACCAGAAACUGUAUGUCUUCUCAUUUUGACAUCCACGUGGUUUCUAAAGGCAAAAUAUACAUAGAGGGGUAACAUUUCAAUUGGAAAGUAUUAGAAUUUUUCAACGUUACAUAA